AUGGCACAAGGAACUGCAGUUACUUUCGAUAUCGCCGACGGACGCACCUGCGCGAUCGCGCUACCGCCCGACAAUGGGACUACAAGCCAGUUUGCUGGUGGGAUGACGCUCAUGGGCACCCGUGCCGUCAUCGCUGGUGGAGGCGACGGCAAUGCGAGCGAUUCACUCUUGCCCGCUGGCGCUGUCGUUGCCAACGCAGGCAGGCUCUGGGAUGCGGGACAGACCGUGACUUAUAGUUUCCUCUCUGGUACAACGCAACAGCAGAACAAGGUCAAGGCCGUUAUCCAGAACUGGUACCUCUACGCAAACGUCGUCUUCUCCCCCGUUGCAACGGGAGGAAUGCUCCGAAUUACCUUCGAUCCCAAGGGCGGAUCGUGGAGCUAUAUCGGAAAAGACAGCUUGAAGGUUGACGCAACCAAACCGACUAUAAACUUUGGCUGGGUGGAAGAUACAAAGUCAAUUGAAGCUGAAGAACGGGGCGUGAUUCUCCACGAGUUUGGCCAUGUUCUUGGCACGAGUAGACACCAGAGUCCCGCACGUGGCGGAACCUUGACCCUUGACAAUGAAGCAGUGUACGGCUACUAUACCUACACACAAGGCUGGGAUCGAGCAACAGUCAAGGCUCAGAUUAUCGACGUGUUCAAUGCAGACACAGUUGUCUCGAACUACAGUCGGCUCGAUACGGAGAGCAUCAUGAUGUAUUUCAUGCCAUCGUGGCUUAACCUUCAACGCAUCGAAGUCAAGGCAAACUAUGUCCUGUCCCCGAUCGACAUGGCCUACAUGGUCAUCAACUAUCCGCGACCCAAGCCCCAUGCCGAGGCCUCAAAAUGGACGUUGGAGUAUGCUUUGCGUGUCGCUGAGGUUGAUGAGGCGACGGUUCAAUCAAUUCUCUUCUCUCGAGCCGAUGUUUCCCAAAAUUCGCUUCUUGUUCUCUGCGUAUCAGCUACGUGUGCGACUUGA